AUGGUUCUUCUUCAGUGUACUCUACUGAUCCUGGGUGCAACCCUGGCUACUGCCUGGCAAUCACCGCCUUCCGCCUGGUGGAAGGAGGGUGUUGUGUACCAGGUUUAUCCCGCCAGUUUUAAGGAAAGCCGAACAGAAACAGCCAUCGGAUGGGGCGACAUCAAGGGCAUUAUCAACAACCUCGAUCACAUCCAAUCACUCGGUGCAGACAUCGUCUGGCUUUCUCCGUUUCAGAAUUCCCCCAUGAAGGAUAUGGGCUACGAUAUCAGUGACUACGACUCAGUCAACCAGCUUUUUGGUGGCAGCCUUGAGGAUAUCAAGACAUUCAUCAGUGAAGUUCACAAACGCGGAAUGCGGUGCAUCUUUGACCUUGUCAUCAACCACACCAGCGACAAGCACAAAUGGUUCAAGGAGUCCGCCAGCUCUAAGACAAACCCCAAACGGGAUUGGUACUUCUGGAGGCAACCACAGUAUAUAAACGGAUCCAUGUACCCGCCCAACAACUGGGCCGGCAACAAUAAUGGCAGUGCAUGGAAGUAUGACGCACAAACCGGGGAAUACUACCUCAACAUCUUCAAUCCCUAUCAACCGGACUUGAACUGGGACAACCCCGACGUUAGACGGGCAAUUUUCCAAAAUGCCUUGAAGUACUGGCUCGACAUGGGCAUCGAUGGAUUCCGCAUGGAUGCGUUCUCUAUCUUCAGCAAGGCGCCCGGGUUGCCCGAUGUGCCUGCCAGCGACAGCAACUUCCACGAUGCCAGAGACCUGUACUACAACAACGGACCACAUGAGCACGAAUACCUCCAGGAGAUGAACCGCGCAGUUCUCUCCCACUACGACACAUUCACUGUCGGCGAGUACGGCAUGACAGAUAACAUGAGCAUCGUCCAAGACUACGUAAGCGCAUCCCGCCGCGAAGUGAACACCAUCUUCCUAACCAACAUGUGCGACAUCGGCCGUGAGGGGUACGAAUUCGUCGGGUGGAACUUCACAGGUUGGCGAGAGGCAAUUAACUUCACACAAUGGAGCGGUAGUUCCUCUGUGGGUGACGGCUGGAACUCGGUAUAUCUUGAGAACCACGAUCUCCCGCGGUCGAUCAGCCGAUUCGCAAAUGACGCACCCAAAUUCCGUGUCCAAAGCGGAAAGGCACUUUCUGUCCUUCUGACGACACUUUCUGGCACCCUGUUUGUCUACCAGGGUCAAGAAAUUGGCAUGGUCAAUGUACCGGACACAUGGACCAUCUCCGACUACCGAGACCUCAACUCCAUCGCCUACUACAACAAUGCAACUCAGCACAGAGUCAGUUCCAGUGAGGCUCUCGCGAACCUUGCCCUGUUGGCACGAGACAAUGCGCGUACGCCCUUCAACUGGGAUAGUAGUGGAAACGGGUUUUCCGUCAACAAAACUACCUGGACUUCGCGAGCCAACCUCGACAUCAACCUUGCGGACCAAAAGGACGACCCGAAUAGCGUAUACAACUUCUGGGUGAGGAUGCUACGUCUACGUAAGGAACAGAAAGAUUCAUUCGUGUACGGUGAAUUCGAGUUUCUCGAUUGGGAGAGCGAGAGUUUCCUGGUAUACCAAAAGACGAGUGAGUCCAAUAAGAUGGUCGUGUUUAUUAACUUGUCCACUGGGGCAGCCAAGCCACCAGUGGCCACUCCCGAGAAUGCCGAUUUGCUUGUGCACACCCAUGACGACCAUUCUGGGGCUGUAUUUCAACCGUUUGAGGGCAGAGUGUAUAAGCUGUGA